AUGGCUCAAAUGAGCCACCCAGUUCUUAUGGAAGUCAUAAACAAGAAUAUGAAAUUUCUUAUUACACACAUUCUAACCACUGUGACCUUCAACAAGUUCAUGGAGGAACUUAAGAACUAUGGAUUUAUCACGGUAGUAAGAGUAUGUGAGGCAAUUUACAACACAACACUUGUGAAGAAAGAAGGCAUUCAUGUUCUAGAUUGGCUUCUUACUAAUGAUGCACCACCAUCCAACCAGAUUACUAAUGACUGGUCAAGUCUUGGAAAAAUUAAAUUUGUUGAAGAAUCUGGCUGUUGUAUUACUGCUUAUUGUGGUACAGCCCUUGAGAGAGCACCAGCAUUUAUUGCUCCAGCUUUAAUUGAAAAUGAAAUGAAAUAUGAAGAUACAGUGCAGUUCAUAAGGCAAAAGUGGCGAGCUUUUAAUAAAAAGAAACCUUUGUAUUUAGAGAAAUAUUGUCCUAAAAUGAUGCUGUACUUCACUGACACCAACAGUCCUAGAAACAAUAGUUGCAUUCAGUAA